UGGGGCGGUCGCUCAGGCAGUCGCUGCGGGAAGUAAAACGCCGGCAUCAUGUACUACAAGUUCAGUGGCUUCACGCAGAAGUUGGCUGGAGCGUGGGCUUCGGAGGCUUAUAGUCCACAGGGAUUAAAGCCUGUGGUUGCCACAGAAGCACCGCCUAUCAUAUUUGCUACACCAACUAAACUGACCUCUGCUUCUACUGCAUAUGAUUAUGCUGGGAAAAACAAAGUUCCAGAGCUGCAGAAGUUUUUCCAGAAAUCUGAUGGUGUGCCCAUCCAUCUGAAACGAGGCCUGCCUGACCAAAUGCUUUACCGGACCACCAUGGUGCUGACAUUGGGAGGGACCAUCUACUGCCUGAUCGCCCUCUACAUGGCUUCACAGCCGAAAAACAAAUGAGUUAGGCUGCAGAAGUUUGGUUUGCUUCUUGGCAUAUC